UCAGUCGGUCUGGAGCAGGAAGUGGGAAGCGGAAGCUGCGGUCAGGAAAGCGGACGCCUGCUCUGGUCAUAACUAUAAUCAGCGUCUCCACAAUUACCUGAAGAAGACCCGCGUUACGAGGACAUCGAGCAGCACAAUGUGGAAGGCAGCCGCUGGUCAGUCUGUCUCUAUGUCAGUGGAUGAAGGAGCAGAUGAUUGGGAAACUGACCCCGACUUUGAGAAUGAUGUGUCCGAGAAGGAGCAGCGAUGGGGAGCCAAGACUGUGUUGGGAUCCGGACACCAGGAGCACAUCAACAUUCAUAAGCUGCGGCAGACGGUCUCCACUGAACACAGUGACCUGAAGCAGAAGGAGCUGGACACCAUGCCCAAAGCCUCUCACGGCUACGGGGGGAAGUUUGGCCUCCAGCAGGACCGCAUGGACAAGUCCGCCGUGGGUCACGAGUAUCAGAGUAAGCUGUCCAAACACUGCUCUCAGACCGACACCUGCAAGGGUUUUGGGGGUAAAUAUGGGCUUCAGGAGGACCGAGUGGAUCAGUCUGCUGUCGGCUUCGAGUAUGUGGGAAAGACAGAGAAACACGCCUCUCAGAAAGAUUACUCCACUGGUUUCGGGGGCCGGUACGGUGUUCAGGCUGACCGUGUGGAUCAGAGCGCGGUGGGCUUCGAGUAUCAGGGGAAGACGGAGAAGCACGAGUCUCAGAAGGAUUACGCCAAAGGCUUCGGGGGAAAGUUCGGCGUGGAGACGGAUAAGGUGGACAAGAGCGCGGUGGGCUUCGAGUAUCAGGGGAAGACGGAGAAGCACGAGUCUCAGAAGGACUAUGUGAAGGGCUUCGGAGGGAAGUUUGGAGUUCAGACGGACCGUCAGGAUAAGUCUGCGGUUGGCUGGGAUCAUCAGGAGAAACUCCAGCUGCACGAGUCUCAGAAAGAUUAUUCCAAGGGUUUUGGAGGGAAGUAUGGCGUGCAGAAGGACCGAAUGGACAAGAGCGCAGGCACGUUUGAGGAGGUGCAGAAGCCGAGUGCUGCGUAUCAGAAGACCCGUCCUGUGGAAGCAGCCUCCAGCAGUGCGAGCAGCAUCAAGGCCCGCUUCGAGAACAUCGCCAAGCAGAAGGAGGAGGAGGAGCAGCAGCGUCUGGAGGAGGAGCGCAGCCGGCGGCAGGCCAAGGAGAAGCAGGAGCAGGAGGAGGCGCGCACACACAUGAAGGUCUGUGUCUGUCUGUCUGUGUGUGUGUGUGUUUCAGGCCCACUGAUUUACACUCACACACACAUCUGAGCCGUCCGCUCCAGUGUAGGGGGAUAGUGAAGGUUCUGUUGAACACAAAAGAAGAUAUUUAGAGAAAUGUUUGAACGCUGUAACCAUCCACAGUAUCCGUGUUCCUGCUGUGUUAGUCAAUGGUUUAUUAGUUUCCUGCAGAAUAUCUUCAUCUGUGUCCAACACAAGGUGAUUAAAUGACAUGUUUGGCUUCAUGCAGAAGAGUGUGUGUUGAUGAGCAGUGCGGUCUAGUGCACUAGGAAGGGCACAGUCUUCAGAUUGAGCUGCACUCAUGACAGCUCUGCAGUGUGGCUCCUUCACUGCGCCCUCUAGUGGAGUGUGGAGGACACACACACACACACACGCACACACACGCACACACACACACACACACACACACACACACACACACUCAGCUUAACUCCAUUCAUCUUCACAGUUAACAGAGUUCAGAUUGAGCAGUUCUUCUUUAAGAGAUGAGAGUUUUCCUGCAGUGAUGGUAGUUAACGGAGCUGUAAAUAAAUGGCGUGACUAACAGAGAUACUCUUUUCAGUAACGAGUAAUCAAAUAAACAGUUUCCCCUGUUAAAACUUGAUUUUUCCCCACCGCAAACCCUCAGACAGCAUUAAACAGAAUAAUGUGUGUGCUGUAAAGCAUCUGUUGUGUGUUCUGUUGAUCAACAUGUUGAUGUUGACGGUGGUCUCUCACACUGUCCCACUGCAGUGAUAAAAUAGUGUCUAUUAGCGUACAGUGAUUUAUAUUCAUCUGACAUUAGAUGAGUAAAGCUAAAGUUCCUUUCCCUGCUGAUUAGUGACUUUAAUAAUCAUAAUACUGUUUGUGAGGAGUAACUAGAACUAGGGCCAGACAGAAUCUGCAGAGGGUUUUAGCUGUUUCUGUAGAGAAUUGGAGUAUAAAUCAGUGGAGUUCUGCUGAAUGAUUUAGGCAGGAUCAUAACUAAAACCUUAAUAUGUGAAAUAAACAUAAUCUCUUCACUUCUAUUGAAUAUUCACAAUGCUAAUCUGAUUAAUUCAGUUAAACAAAGCAAGACUCAUAUAAUAUGUGUAGCGAAAGCCAGAGAAUAAGACUGAACACACUGCACUGUACAUAAAGCAGAUCAACAUGCUCAUAUUAGUCAAUAAUAUUACUGACAUGAGUUUAUAAACUGAAUCAAUCGAGAUUUACACACAUUUACACAAGUCAAUCAGCAGAGUUAAUGAUGAGCUGAACAUCUGUGUGUGUGUGCAGACUCAGUGUGGGCCUGACUAUAAUUACUCUUCUAAAGGAACGACCCAACACUGCUCAACACUAGAUAAUCCACACUCUUAAUGAUUAACAAUCUUUACUAAUCGAUUGAUAAUCAUUAACGUGAUGCU